AUGACCGAAUUGGCCGAAGUGGCAGGCCGGCAACACCUCCAGGACUUGUGCAACCAAUACGACCUCGAGUUGGAGCGCUUUAUUAAGUUGGGGGCCGGCGGUGCCGACACUUUCGAUGAGUUCAAAUCCGAGGCCAAAUUAGUCGGUCAUCGAGUGUUGGCCGAGUAUCUAAAGGGUCACCAAUGGGCGCGCAGUAUCCUAAACACCAGGGAUGUGACCGCGUGUUUUGACGAACUACUUGCUGACUCGAAAAACGUAUUUCAGGAGCAAAAAUAUAUGGAACGACUGGCGGUGGAUCUGCUCUUAAACACAGUGUUAUAUGAGUAUACAGACCGUAUGGGUAUAAGCCGGGCCAAAAUUGCAUACAUUCGCGCCGAUCGGCUAAAACAAAUGCACAACAUUUUGGUCGGUGAUCUGAUCAGAGAGUACCAGGACCGGCGCGGUCAUUUAACCAACAACAAAUUCACCCAGCUUAUUACCGAUUUACUGGACACCGCGUAUUGUACGGUAAAAGAUGAUAACGAUAAAAAUAUGCCAACAGUGCCGGCAAUCGGCAUCUACGUAGGCACGACCAACUCGUCUGUUGCCUACUAUCGGCCCGACACUCGACAAGUUGUCGUGUUCGAGUCGGACACCGGACGCCAAACCACACCAACGGUGGUCCAGUAUAGGGUAGAGGACGGCGAGACGAUUGUGGGCGACAACGCCUGCGACAACAUUAUGGCUGACCCGCGACAGCUAGUAUACUCUGUAAAGCGUCUGAUUGGCCGCAAAUUUAGCUCCAGGGAAGUGCGCGAAAACCGCGACAACUGGCCCUUCCGUGUAGUCGACAUGGGUCAGGACGAGCCGGGCGUUGAAGUACAGACGAGAUCUGACGGCCAAACGGAACAGUUUUUGCCUGAAGAGGUGUUGGCACAGGUGGUGAAAAAAAUGAAAGAAAACGCUGAGGGAGGGGUGAAAUUGGGCGGCGAUGGGCAGGAAGUGGUGAUAGAAAACUGUGUGAUCACUGUUCCCGCCUCUUUCAAUAACACACAACGGGAAGCCACAAGAGAGGCGGCCACUAUGGCUGGUCUUAAUGUGUUGAGGGUUAUGAACGAACCCACAGCGGCCGCUCUGGCCUAUCAGCUCAAUCGUUUUGAAAACUUACGAUCUAGGUAG